GAGUCUCGUCGCGUCGCGGGGUCGAGCGGCACCGACUUCGUCCCUCCGUCCGGCGGCUCGCCUGCCCGCUCGUCCCCGCCGCUGCGCCAUGUCCCCCGCUGCGGUGGUCCGGGGGCUGGCGCUGGCCGCGCUGCUGGUGCUGAGCCCGGCGGGGGCAGCCCGGCAGGCGCGGAGGCCCAACGUGGUGCUCAUCCUCACCGACGACCAGGACGUCUGCCUGGGCGGCAUGACCCCCCUAAAGAAGACUAAUGCUCUCAUUGCACAGAUGGGAAUAACCUUCCAAAAUGCAUAUGUUCCCAGUGCACUUUGCUGUCCCAGUCGAGCUAGCAUUUUAACAGGAAAAUAUCCACAUAAUCAUCAUGUUGUCAAUAACACUCUGGAGGGAAACUGUAGCAGCAAGUUAUGGCAGAAGAUUCAAGAACCAUACACCUUCCCAGCGCUGCUCAAAACUAUGUGUGGUUAUCAAACAUUCUUUGCUGGAAAGUAUUUGAAUGAGUAUGGAGCAGAGGAUGCAGGAGGAAUAGGUCAUGUCCCUCCUGGAUGGAGUUUUUGGUAUGCUUUGGAGAAAAAUUCAAAGUACUACAACUAUACUCUUUCAGUAAAUGGCAAAGCACGAAGGCAUGGUGAAAACUACAGUGUAGAUUAUCUGACAGAUGUACUGGCCAACAUGUCAUUGGACUUCUUGGAGUGUAAAUCUAAUUUUGAACCUUUCUUUAUGAUGAUCUCAACCCCAGCACCGCACUCCCCUUGGACGGCUGCUCCACAGUAUACAAAGAGUUUUCAGAAUGUCAGUGCACCAAGAAACAGCAAUUUUAAUAUACAUGGAAAGAACAAGCACUGGCUAAUUCGACAAGCAAAGACUCCAAUGACUAACUCUUCAAUACAGUUUCUUGAUGAUGCUUAUAGAAAGCGGUGGCAAACUCUGCUGUCAGUAGAUGACCUGAUAGAGAAACUAGUGAAGAAACUGGAACUGAAUGGAGAAUUAGACAACACGUACAUCUUUUACACAUCAGACAAUGGCUUCCACACUGGCCAGUUUUCUUUGCCAAUAGACAAACGGCAGCUGUAUGAGUUUGAUAUCAAAGUUCCAUUGCUAGUUCGAGGACCAGGGAUAAAACCAAAUCAGACAAACAAGAUGCUUGUUGCAAAUAUUGAUUUGGGUCCCACUAUUCUGGAUAUCGCGGGGUAUGACUUGAAUAAGACCCAGAUGGAUGGGAUGUCACUAUUGCCGCUGUUGAGAGGAGACAAAAAAGUGACAUGGAGAUCAGACUUCUUGGUGGAGUACCAAGGAGAAGGAUACAAUGGCAGCGAUCCUACCUGUCCUGGCCUAGGACCUGGAGUCACACACUGCUUCCCAGACUGUGUCUGUGAAGAUGCCUAUAACAACACAUAUGCUUGUGUAAGGACGCUGUCAACUUCCUGGGAUCUGCAGUACUGUGAAUUUGAUGACCGGGAGGUGUUUGUGGAAGUGUAUAACUUGACUGCAGAUCCACACCAGAUCAAUAACAUUGCUAAAACAAUUGAUCAAGAAAUUCUAGAAAAGAUGAACUAUCGAUUAAUGAUGCUGCAGUCCUGUUCAGGAGCAACUUGCCGUACACCAGGUGUCUUCGAUCCCGGGUACAGGUUUGACCCACGGCUCAUGUUCAGCAAUCAUGGUGUUCGGGCUCGGAGGUUUUCUGCACAGUCCCUAUAAGGCACUUCAGAGCCUCUUGCAAUCAGCUCCUACUGACCAGUUUCUCCAGUGACUGCAGCAGGUCUGUCUCUGUAACUCUCGUUGAUCGCAGCUGGAAGACUUUUCAUGGGCUAUUCAAACCCUGUUUGGAAGAAAAACCCUUGUCUUUAGCUGGUUGCCUUGUGCAAUAUGUAUAUUUUACAGCUGAACUCUAACUCUGAAUCAUUAGACACAGCUAAUCUGUCUUGCUCAGAUAGUUGAUUACCACCUUUGUCUUUCAAGUACCUUUUCAUAUCACAGGCACAGAGGUGAACCUAUGCCUAUGAAUCUGAACAGUUUAUUUUGUUCUAAAAAUCAAUAAAUGCAUAUUUGAGUCGGGUUAGAUAGGCAGGUGCUAUUGCACAGUAAUGCUCACCCACAUUGUGUCAUAGACUUUCUUAAAAGCUAUGUUUAAUUAUAGGUUUCCUGUAUCAAGCUCAAAGCUGUUAAUGACAAUAGCAAACUAGCCCAAAAUAGUGUAGGAAGGCAUUAGUCAAAACUGUAGGAACUGACUAGCAAGUGUCUUGUGCAGAAUUAAAAUCCUUAUGCUAAAUAUUCUCUUUAAACGAGACCACUUCAAACGAGACCAAUGAAUUUGGUAGGACAGCUUUGGUAGCUUGCAAACAAGAAUGUAAUUUCAACCUCCUCCAGUUUGAAAUGCUGGAAUGGGUUACUGAGUACUACUGAAAAAAAUCUUAGGGUUUAAUAUAGGCUUCCUAGCGAGUUAAACAAGAGUGAGACUAACAAGUAUUCAAAUAAGUGUGCCUGUGUUUUGAGCUAACUCAAGUCUGUUUUAAUACAUGAACAGAAGUAAUACUAAAAAAAAAAAAUACAAAAAAACCAGGGCACCACAGUAGUUCAUCUGUCUCUAACCUUCAAAUGUCUUGAAUUGUCUAACAUCUUAUGUUGAUUAGAUUCUUGAAGGUAAAUUAUUUUGAAGGCAAACUAGCUAAAAAUAAAUAAAUCAUUGCUCACUAGAAGUUAGGCUAAGAGGGCAUUUUAGGCAGUUUAAGUGCUUCAUACAGUGUUGCUGUUUGGUUGAGACAUAACUACUCAGAACCUGCAGUAAGUGGCCUUCACACCAAAGGACUGCAUGUCAGAUGUCUGACUGCAGUACGUUAUCACUUGGUUUCCCUUUGGAAGGGGGGUGAUGUCUUUUCAACCUUCUGAUUAGGCUUAUCUGAAAUGUAGCCAUCACUUGCACCCAAACUUGAGUAUCUUUCUAAAUCUUGAAAAACACCCAAACUUGCAUUAGCAUAUGACUUCUGUAUAGAUUCAUUGGCAAAACACCUAGAAACACUGAAUUGUGCAUCUUUUGCCCACAAGCCACAUGAACUUGUCUUGCAAAUCAGCUGUUUUAUCGGGCAAGAUAAUUGUUCCCUUGUCAAACAAACUGUGGCACAACUAUUUAGUUUUCAGUUAGUUAUUUCAGAUCUUUUACCCAAAUAGAGAGCAUGAUGAUUUCAACUUCUGUCACAUAAAACCUUCUACUAAGUAAUCAUUAAGUAGGCAACAAAGUGUGACUCUUUCAAAACUGUGAAGGUGCAUACCCCGGUGCACAGAUCCACAAACUGGAUACAGGCAAUGCUACAAUAAGAUAAGUUGAACUUUCUUGGCUUUUAAUUCUGAAGCACAGAAGUUGUCCUUCCUGUAGCUUAGAGUUGCAAACUUUUGUGGUGGUCUACAGGUUAGAUUUUAUAGAGCUUUUGUCUCAAAUCUAACUCGUUGUUUCAGAUCUCUAGAGUGACCAAAUAUUUGGAGAAAAAAAAUUGCUUGAAAGGUAACUUUUCAGCUGGAGCAUCUGUAUAAAUGCAGAGGUUUUUGGAUAUUCAAACUACUUGGUUCAAAUACUCAGGACUUUUUCCUCCACUGCAACUGUAGCUUUAUCCUGUUUUUUGUUUCUCAAGCCUUAGUGUUGCCCAUCAAUAUCCUUCAGACUCUGUUUUGUCUUUAAAAACAAAACCAAAGUUGUUUUCAUGCUCUCAAGCAUUUUCUUGCAAACUGAGCUAAACCUAAUGUUCAUUUACAUAGUGUUUUGCUCAGAUAAUUCUAGGAACUUAGACUUGUUCUUUUGUUUAAACUUUAUUUUGGUAGCUGUGUGGAGGCUAGCGUGAAUACAUUGAUUGCUGCACAUUAAACCCUCAACAGUUCUAUUGAAUCUAGGUCAUAUGUCAAGUUUCUACUUGAGUUAAGUGUCAGUGCAAGUAAUGUGGGUUAUGAUGUUGCUUCUUAAUAGAAAAGAAACUUUGUUAUGACACAGAUGUGUAACUAACUCUCUCUCUUCUUAAAGUGAUCUUAAGCCAUAACAAGGCAAUUUUCUUUUGAAUGAUUUACUUUUUGCCUAAUAAUAAUAUGAAAGUUGACAGAAUUGAUACAGAUUAUUCAAUGUGUGACCAGAUGUUUUAUCCAAAUUAACACCCUUGCUAUCUGCACACACCUGUAAAGCAUUUUGUAACUAGGCUCAAUAACUUACACACUCACUGUCAGAGAACCACACUAUACCUGAAAUCUGUCAUAGGUAGAAAAUGUUGUAUUGAAUUGAAAUUCAGAAUGAAAUUAGUCAGUCCUUACUUAACCAGAAUAGCGGUUCAGGAAAAUAUCUGCUUCACUCCCACUUUUGAUAAAGACUUAAGAACUGUUCAGCAAAAGCAUGUAGUUGAAGGAGGAACAGGAAUCAACAGCUGCCUGCCUGCUGUUGCUUUUACAGGAGUUUGUCACUUGUCUGGUGUCUAUUUCCAUGAAGCAGUUAAUUCUGAGUAUUUUUACAGCCUUGAAUGAACAGUGUUAAUUCUUAGCCCUGAUGAUUAAAAAAAACCACUAUGAAGGAACUUCGACUUUUAUGGAGAUGUAAUUCCCAACCAAGUGAUUUUAAAACUAAAUGGUCUUCCUGGAUAUUCCAUUUCAUAUGCUAUUUGGCCAUGGCUCUAUCUGUACCUUGUUACUGAAGGCAUUGGUGUUAAAUGAAAGGGCCUUACCAGUAGAGUUUUAAAUGAAAGGGCCUUACUGGUACAGAGUUGGGUUUAGGUAAAACGCGAUUUUUUUAUUUUUUUUUUUAAAUCAUAAUUAUCAAAAGCAGAGCUGUGAACUUUAAUGAUCUGAUCUGGUAAAGUAGAUGCUAUACAGGGAGAAAUACAGUUAAUAACUUUAUUACAUUAUCCUAAAUCAAAAAACAUUCAGUAUCAUCGCUUCAGCAUAAGGCAAUAAGGCUGGUAAACUGGGCUUCUUCAUUUUGAGGAAUAAAGCUGUAACAGGGACACAUACAUGCAAACACACACUCAAAGCAGGUAUAAUACCUUUUCAAUCAAGUUAAAUUUAAGACUGAUUCUACAAGCUAAAUACAAUAUUUCAUCAUAAUGAAACAGCUGUCAUUUAUUGUGAUUCAGUUAAAAUUAAUUUUGUUUGUAUUUCUCUGUAUGUAUGUGAGCAUACUUUGCUGUAGCAUGUUGUGAGCAUACUUAACUUCUGCUGUUUUGAACGUUUGUUUAGAAAGUGCCCUUCCAGAGGACCCUGUUCACUGCUGCACUUUUGGGGAAAGAAAAAUAAACUGCCUAUCAAACUUC